UAACAAUCGCUUUCGUCACUGUUACUCUUAUGCAUUUACUUAUACAGCUAUCCUGCUGUCAAGCUGUAAAACAGUACCACUAUCUAGUUAUUCGGGGCUCGGCGUACAAUAUACAUCGCCAAAAAUAAAAUAAAUGAUCUCACUUAUCCUCGGACUAUGUACACCUUCGAAAACAAUAAUUUACCAACCUAUGGCUUUCUUGUGAUUUAAUAAUAGUAGUUUUCUACGGAAUCUGCUGAGAGUAAUAAUACAGCCAUGCAGCAGUCACCUUUUGAAAAUAUUUUCAAUAUCCUGGGUGGUAUAACUGAAGGCAAUGAAAAGCCUAUGAAGCAUGGGUUUUAUAAUGCUUUUGCCCUUUUCAUACUCACAAUAUGUUGCGCCGCGGUAUACGUUCUAUUCCUAAUACUAGAACCAUUCUUCAAACCAUUAUUUUGGGCUCUAUUAGUCGGUUCAAUACUGCACCCUUUCAAAUAUAAAAUUUCGAAGAAACUCAAGUCGUGGUUCGAAGAUCUGGAGAAGUCUGACACGUCAGUGAUAGUCGGUUUGAUGGUGAUCCCAAUAAAUGUUGUUAACUUCGCUUCAGACACAAUUGGACAACAAUUUAGAGAGCACUACAAGACUGUAAUUACGCUACUCUCUGCAAUAUUUGUGUUGCCAUGGUUGUAUGAUUCUAUACCACGAGGUUUAUCCUGUCUAUUCUGGCAGUUGAUCAGUUUCAUUAGCUUUUCCACCAAAAUGCUAAUAAGCAUCUGCACCUCAUAUAUUACUCUAACCAUAGUUUUGGCCUACAUUAUCAGCGUUUACACAUUAUGGACACCACAAAGGGAGAACAUGUUCCGAGUGACGUCACAACUACUUUGGCUCGUAAUUACGAGCUUUAUGGCUAGUUUAACGGGUUCCAUCCAAGUGUACACAUUCAUUUUUCUCCAAAUUAUAUGUAUAACUGGCUUUAUAAUGGAAAUUCUGGAUGUUCACAAGAAAAUCCUGUUAAAGGAUCCUGAAGCAUCGAUCAUAAUAUCGAUACACAGAGUUAUAACAAACAGUCACAGAGAGAAAGAAACUAACACAGAAGACAGUAAAUCUGAUAGUGCGCAAAUCUCUGCUAGCGAAACUGAAGGGACCCCGGAUAAGGAGACCCCUUCUCCCGGUACACCAGAAACGUUACCCAAAAGCGGAAGCUGGACCAGCAAUGAACCCAGCCAAUGUCCUCCAAGACCACCGAAAAUAUUGUAUAAAACGCGAACAUUGUCCGCAUUGCCACUGUCGGGUACAGGCAAAGUUAAACAAGAAUAUCGCUUCCUGCCAUCAAUUAAACACAAAUCGCUCGAUGAUUAUUACAUGAAGAAUAACUUCGACAAUGACGAAGAAACAGCGUUGUAUUUCAAAUUGCUUUUCUUCGGUUUCCUCUGUAUGUUGGUCUGGAAGAACAUAUGGUUACUGCCAUUAGUUUUGGUGUUUUUAGUUAUACACUUCAUGAAGAUUGGUUUGGAUUAUUUCGGAGUCUGGUUGUUCUUUGAAAACCAGUACAACAAUGUGGCUUUGAAGAUAAAAGCUUGGUGGAAUAAUAGGGAGACUGCUCUAAUACCAGCACAUAUACGUGGAGUCGGUAAAAUGAUGUCAAUAUGCAAUACAAGCCUCAGAGAUAUGGCAUAUAGCUCUGUAGAUACUGUGUCCAGUUGCAUUGUAAUCAUUGGCUUGAUACUAUUUCUUACAGUAGCAACCAUUUUUAUUUGUAUACAGAUAUACUCGGAAGCCAUAGUUGUGGUACAACUAAGCGGUAGUCUUCUUAACAGUACGUAUGUUCAGAAUAGUGUAUUGCAUAACUAUCUGCCCGAGGGAUGGGAGGAGAAACUCGACUCUCUUAUCGAUGACGCGUAUACGUACGGAAGGGAAGGAAUAUCGACAACCGUUAAAAACAUCUUGAAGGAAGGCGAUCCAGAGAAAGUAUCACGCGUCGAACAACAAGUUUUGGAGAUUUGGGAUAGAGUUUAUCAGAGUUGGGCGUCGGGACAUUUCGCCACGGCGGUCGGGCCCCAAGUCGAUAGUACCGCCAUACAGGACUCGUGGGAUAACUUCGUCAACAACGUAUCCGACUCAUCGAGUUUGUUCGACUACUCCGGUGUAGUUUCGUGGUUACAAGCUAACGUGGGUACUCUGAGCGCUAUAGCCAGUAGCAUAUGGGCGCCGCUGGCCAGCAAUGUUUCGUUACUGGCCGGAUCUUUGGGGGCAUUUACGUCAUUACUCCUCGGAGGAGGCAGCGCGAUUAUCAACAUGUUCAUAAAUAUGAUAGUAUUCUUCACGACACUGUUCUAUCUGCUAGCGUCCAGUAACGCGCUCUACAAGCCAGUGGAAGUGAUCACUCAGGUGCAGCCGAAUUUCGGACCCCGUCUUGGCAUUGCACUUUCUGUUGCUAUCAACCAGGUAUUCAGGGCAUCGUUCAAAAUGGCGUUGUUCUAUGGAUUAUGGACUUGGCUAGUGCACAAUCUCUUCGGGGCUAAAGUGGUAUAUUUACCUUCAGUUCUAGCUGCAGUGCUAGGAGCUGCGCCGUUCCUAGGGCCAUAUUUGGCGGGUUUACCGGCAGCUCUUGAUGUGUGGCUUCAGGGCAGACCCUUGGCGGCUGUGAUGCUGCCCCUUGUUCAAGCCGCACCCAUCGCAUUUUUAGAUGCGGCUGUUUACGCUGAGAUUAAAGAUGGUGGACAUCCCUACGUGACAGGUCUAGCUAUAGCGGGCGGUAUCUUCUAUCUCGGUCCCGAAGGAGCUAUACUAGGUCCCUUGUUACUAUGCUGUCUUAUGGUGGUCCUGAAUUUAUCGUCAGCAUUCCUCCGAGACACGCCAACGGACGAGAGGGCCGCCUUACAUUCUCGUGUCAGGUCAUUAUUCGGACGCUCUUAAUCCUGAGAUAUGGUGCCUAUAUGUAUUGAAUUGCAUGGGACAACUAACCAAAGGUCAAUUGAAAACAUUUUAUUUUUAAUUAAAUUUAAAUUAUAAAUUAUUAUUUAACAUGAAAACAUUUAGUAGACUUAUAUCGAUUACUUACUAACGCCGCAUGAAGCUAUCCGUGAAAUUAAAUUGAUAUCUAAGUAAACAACCAACAGGUUUCGAAUAAAGCUAGAUACAUUUUAUUGAAAAAUAAAAUAAAUUUAUAAAUUCACUUUAUUAAUUGAUAACAUAAAAGUAAUUUGAAAUCGAGAUAGGAAAUCAAGGUAGGUAAAAAUCAAAAAUCGAUUUUUGCAGAAAUUAAAUACAAUCCCAGUGGACCGCACUAGUAUGCGCAUCUAAUGAAUACAUACAUAUUAAAAUUUCAGUAAAAUAGUUCUAAAUUUAAUAGAAUGAACGAAACCAAAUGUAGUCUGUUCUAGUUUUAUUAAGAAGGAAAUAAAGUAUUAUAUUAUCUGCUCUCUAAAAGUUCAAAGCAUAUUGCGCUUUAAAAAAACACAACAAAAUAGUUGAUUGCCUUUAAGAUUUAUCGUUAAUGAGUUGAGAUUUAAAGUAAAAAGUAUCUUAUAUAGACAUUUAAAACGAUCCUUAACACCGAUGCGAAGAAGUGUUCAUAUAUUUUUUUAAUAAAUUCAUCUUGUUUGCGGCACAUUGUCCCAGUGGUUAACUGCGUGUCAUUUUUCAGUUAGUCUUAUGAAUUAGUGAACACAAGCAAGUAGUGGCUCUGCUGAGUGAGCCCUAGCAUUGCUGAUGUCCAUGGACGUCGGAGUUCACGCCGUAUUGGUUUUCUGUGUCUGACAUGGAAAACUCAAUACAUUUGCCACGCAAGAAAAAAUAACGCUAAAUUAUGUAUUCCAUUAAAAUUUGGUCGCUCGCGUCACAAGCCUUGGGCUUCGCUAAUUAUCUGCUCUAUAAUGUUAAAUUGCAUAAAGUGCACAAAAAUAUUAGCAAACUAUUCUCUCGUCGAACAAAUAGUGAUAAUUCAAAAACAUUGAAGAUCCAGUGUGUAUACAGUAUAUUUUACUUAAAAAAAGAAACAAUUCAAUGCUUUAAUUAAUCCCUUAAACAAAAACUAUAGCAGUAGAAGGUUUAUUGAUUUGUGAACAACGAACUUAAUAGGUAGCUUAACAAGAUAGGUAAUUAUUCACAUUUUCAAAAGCACGGCGUCGUCUGAUCCCGCCCCCUGCUAGCAUCCCCCUCUAAGGCCCACGAGGGUUAACGAUAGGGAUGUGCGCGUUAUCAAUCCUAUUUACCAUAAAAAAAAUAUUUUAAACUAACACAUUUUAUCGAUGAAAUCGCCAACGUCUUCAUUUACUGGACCGAUUAUUUUGCACUCAGCACAAAUCCGACAUACACUUUAACAUGCACUUUAAGAUUCUUUGGCGAAUUUAUUUUAUUCAAAUAUUAAUGAUAACAAAAUGUAUUUACACGUAAUAAACCUCCCAGAUGAUCGUUAGAAGACUGAAUUUUGACUUGAAACUAAGUAAUAAAUAUCUUCUAUUCAAUCAGUCAGCUGUGUCAGUCUAUGCCUAUAUUCUCACUAUACAUUUCAGUAUAAACAGUUUUGUAGUGUUUUAUGUUUUAACUUCGCUGUCGUAUCUAAUAGAUUUAUUACCUUCAUAUAUAAUUUGAAAGACUAAUCUUGUAAACAAUUUUACAUUGUUAGCAAUGAUUAAAGAGGUAUUGUUCAGUUUUUGCCAGUGGUAGAUAUAAUUGACACUACUUUUACGCUUCAAUAUAAUUUCAAUCUGAAUAUAGUUUGAAUCAUAUACUUGAGGGAGUCCAUAUAGAGUCCCUUCUUUAUUUCGCCGUAAAGUCGUGUUUUAUGUAAUUAAUACCACAGUUGAGACAAUAGAAAUUUUAAAACAAUUUUAAGUUAUUAUAUUAUAAUAGUUAUUAAAUACAUUACAAAUUAUUUUUUCGUUUUUAAAUUUUCGGCGGUAAAAAAAAAGGUCCCGUCUCACAGACUAUCUUCUUUUUUUUUCAUCUCUCGUGCGUUCCGGCUUACGCAUCAUAAAAACGUGCGUUCUUAAACGCCAGAUACUAAAUCACAUUUUGAUAUAUUAUUAUAGAAGUUUUAUAGGCCAGCCUAAUGUGAUGAGUAAUAUAUAAAUGGUGCUUUAUUAAUGUUUUUAAGUGUACGUUUUUAAAUAAUGAUAUUAAAUAUUUCAAUUUGAAAUUUAUUCAUUAAUUUAUGUUAAUGAUAUUAUUAUCUGUUAAUACUUUUUGAUAAACGGUUGUUCGACGUUUUAAACGGAAUCGCAUAUUCUUCCUACGCAUAAUGACCUCUCCGGUUUGGAAUAUCAUCAUAGAAUUGUUCACUAAGGUAAGAAAGUUGUCGAAUACUCAAAAUCUUAUAUAUUACGAUGUUGAUAAAAAUAAGUAUUUUACUCGAAAAUUACAUUCUUAAAACAUAAUUUUAAAGUUUUCCACAAAAAAUCUAGAAGACAUGCUAUACUUCUGCUAUUCAUAACAAAAGCAAUACCAAAUAAUAAAAAUGUAUCGAUAUUAUAAAAUAAAAAAUCGUUUUUCUUUAUAUUUUUUAUGUUGCAUCUCUAUGGAAAUGAAGUGAGCAUAGGUAAAACCGAAGUCUAAAAGGCAAAACAGUGCUUCCAAUCCCUUACUACUUGGCAUUAACACUUUAUUAGUGGAAUGUAAAUUACUUAAUAAACAACAUGUCAUUAAAAUGACCUUUAAACGUAAAUUUUGAAUAAAUCUGUAUUUUGCACUUUAACGUUAUUAUUAUGUCAUUGUGAACGAAUUAUGAAUUAUCAUUAAAUUUUAAAAUUUAGAAAACAGUUGACAAUUGAAAAUUAAACCUGUUUGAAAAUUGAAAAUGUAGAAUCGCAAAAAACGAUAGCUUAUAAACAAAAAGAAAACAGAGAAGCUUAUAAUUUAAUUUUGAACCCUACGCCAUCGUUGAAUACAAGUUUUUUUUAGAACCACGAUUUGACAAAUUAUAACUUAAUACAGUAUUCUUUCUUUAUUAAAUUUUCUUGAUCAUCAUUUGAAAAUGAUUCUUAUAGCUAUUGAAAUAAUAGCUUAUAUUAAAAAAAACUCGGUGUAUGUAAGAUGUGCUCCAUUUUGGAAGGACAUAAAUUUAGAUAAGUACUAAAGAAGUGAUAUAUGAUUCAAACAGUUGAGUCGAAUUUUACUAAGAAAUCCAAACUCUGUUCUCACCCAAUAUCUAAUUGUCUCCAGCUUUGUGUGCUUGUCCGCGCAAACUAUUUCAUACUCUAUCGUAUUUUAUGUAAGUAACUUUGGCCAAAUACUUACCUACUGUUUUAAUAAAUACCUAACUUAGGAAAUAUGACUAUUAUAUUACGCAAGAUUUUUUUUCUUGUAUUUUAAAAUAAACAGCCCUUAGCAGUUGCUAAAGAAUCGUCCAGAUUUAUUUAAGUUGUAUAAUUUGUAUAAAAAGUAUUAUAUUAUAAUUUAUAAUGUAAUUAUAUUUAUAAUUAGUUUAUUGCAUUGCGAAACGCUAAUAUUAUGUAUUAACUGCAUACCUAGUGUUGCUUUCUAAUAAAAGUAUUAAUUUGCAAA